UUGUACUUCGGCGCGUGUGUCAUAAGGAGUCCCCACGAGUUCUUCUCUCUUGAGCUGAGUUUACACACAGCAGGAUUUCUUCUUCACAGUCUCAAUAACGCUUCGUAGGUUUAUAUCCCGAGUCGUGUGUUUUUCCAACAUGGGUAAAAGAAACAGGAAUAGACAAAACUUCAAAGAUGGACGACCGGAAGGAAAGAGGAACAGAGAUGAUGCUGGCUGGGGCGCAGGCUAUGCUGAAAUCAUCAAGGAGAACAAGCUGUUUGAGCAGUACUACCAGGAGCUGAAGAUAGUUCCUGAAGGAGAGUUUGAGGGGUUUAUGGAGGCUAUGAGAGAGCCGCUGCCUGCCACCAUCCGCAUCACAGGCUACAAAAGCCACGCCAAAGAGAUCCUACAUACCUUGAAAGAGAAAUACUUUAAAGAAAUCCAGGACCUGGAGAUCGAAGGACAGAAGAUUGAAGCCCCUCAGGCUCUAAGCUGGUACCCAGAUGAACUAGCUUGGCAUACCAACAUGAGCAGGAAGAUCUUGCGCAAGUCUCCGCUUCUGGAGAAGUUCCACCAGUUUUUAGUGAGCGAGACUGAAUCUGGAAAUAUCAGCCGCCAGGAGGCGGUCAGUAUGAUUCCCCCUCUGCUGCUGAAAAUCGAACCUCAUCACAAGAUCUUGGAUAUGUGUGCUGCUCCAGGAUCGAAGACGGCUCAGCUGAUAGAGAUGCUCCAUUCUGAUAUGAAUGUGCCCUUUCCUGAGGGCUUUGUCAUCGCUAACGACGUGGAUAAUAAGCGCUGUUACCUGCUGGUGCACCAGGCGAAGAGGCUGAACAGUCCGUGUAUCAUGGUGGUGAACCAUGAUGCCUCCUGCAUCCCACGCCUGCAAGUGGAGAACAACGGAAAGAAGGACAUCCUGUUCUAUGACCGAGUGCUGUGUGAUGUCCCCUGCAGAACUGCUGUUCUAGGAAAUGAAUGGUCUGGACACCGUGACGUAUUAACCAAACCUCACCUGUGUGUCCACAGCGGAGAUGGAACCAUGCGAAAGAACAUUGAUGUCUGGAAGAAGUGGACGACCAGCAACAGUCUCCACCUCCAUGGGCUGCAGUUGAGGAUUGCGGUGCGUGGCGUGGAGCAGCUGGCUGUAGGUGGGCGGAUGGUUUACUCCACCUGCUCUCUGAACCCCAUCGAGGAUGAAGCAGUAAUCGCCUCGCUGCUGGAGAAGAGUGAAGGUGCCCUCGAGCUGGCGGAUGCCUCUGCUGACCUGCCUGGCCUGAAGUACAUGCCUGGUAUCACGUCCUGGAAGGUGAUGACCAAAGAGGGUCAGUGGUAUUCCGAUUGGUCCGAAGUUCCCACGAGUCGUCACACUCAGAUCAGACCCUCCAUGUUCCCUCCUACUGACCCUGAGAAACUGAAGAGCAUGCAGCUGGAGAGAUGUAUGAGGAUACUACCGCAUCACCAGAACACCGGAGGAUUCUUCGUGGCUGUGCUGGUGAAGAAGGGGCCCAUGCCGUGGAACCGCCGCUUUCCGAAACUUCGGAAUAAAGAGGCCACCAGCACCACCAGCGAGGAAGCGCAGCCUGAGGAGGGAGAGACUGAGACAGCGGCCGAGGGAGACGCCGUUCUGGAAAACACCCCCCAGACCGAGCCUAAGAAAGACGGAGUGUGUGGCCCUCCGCCUUCAAAGAAGAUGAAGCUCUUUGGCUUCAAAGAAGAUCCCUUUGUGUUUCUGACGGAGGAUGACCCAGUCUUCCCUCCUAUCCAAACGUUCUAUGAACUCACUCCAGACUUCCCCAAGCUGAACGUCUUGACCAGGACACACGAGGGAAAGAAAAGACACUUGUACAUGGUGUCCAAGGAGCUCCGCAACGUCCUGCUCAACAACAGCGAGAGAAUGAAGGUGAUCAACACGGGAGUGAAAGUAUGGUCACGGAAUAAUGAUGGAGAGCAGUUUGGCUGUGCCUUCAGACUGGCCCAGGAGGGUAUCUACACUCUGUGCCCCUACAUCAGAGCACGUGUCCUCACCAUUAGCCUGGAGGACGUGAAGGUCCUUUUGACUGAGGAGAAUCCUUUCCUCAGCAGGCUGAGUGAUGACGCUCACGCCCAGGCCAAGAAACUCGAAAUGGGCAGCAUCGUCCUAAGAUAUGAACCUGAUCCGAAUGAUCCCAGCGCUCCUCAGUGCCCCAUAGAUCUGUGCGGUUGGAGAGGAAAGACCUCCAUCAGGGCUUUCGUGGCCCGAAACGAGCGUCUCCACUACCUGCGCAUGGUGGGUGUGGAGGUCUUCCGUGACAAGCAGGGCAAGAAGGAGGGAGGUGCAGCAGAAGCUCAGGAAGGAGGUGAGGCAGAAGCUCAGGAAGGAGAUGCGAUAAAGGAGACAGAGACAGGACAAGAAGAAGGACAAGAGGACGAGGGGAUGCGGAAGGAGAACUCUGACACGGAACAGAACGGAUCCUCAGAAUCCAAAAGUAACGGAGCGGAGGAAGCGAGCAGCACUUGAGACUGGGAAUUCUUCACUUGGACUGAACCGAACUGGGUGGGGGAGUGGAGGUGCUCCUGCCAUUACUUCACCCCCUUUUUUUUGUAGAAGAAACGUGUAUCAGGCUGUAAUAUAGCUAAGCAGCAAGUCUCUGUGGAAUUGAGACACUGAAGUUUGGUUCUAUUUUUUUUGUAAGCGUAUAUUUUAUUUUAAGAUCUAAUUAGACUGUUGAGACUUUUGUCUGCCAAUGGCUUAAUGUCGAUCAAGCCACUUCAGUGACCCAGACCCUGAAUUUGCCGGUGUUUUUAUUUUGUUUUGACCCAAAAUGCAUUUCAUUCAACACCCAUGGAAGUGUUCUAUAGAAUGUAAAUAAAACUUUUAAUAAAAGCUUGAAAUGUAA